UCCAACUACUGCGCUCACACCUUCAACUGCGUCCGCUGCUCUCACCGCACCUCGUCGCCAGCACCCUACCCGUGGCGCCCGCCGCCCGCUGACUUACUCCUGGCCGUCCGCUGAGCUUUGCAUCUCGCUGCCGCCUGGCUAUUUUGGGAUACCCAGCUGCCGACAGCUACCUCUCACCGGCCCGCCUGCCGAGGCCAUUGCGCGAACGCCUCCUCGAUAUAUUUACUGACGAGGAGCCCGCUCGUCGCCCGCCGCCAUGGCGAACCACAGCUCUGCGCCGCUGUCGACGCCGCGCGCAAGGAACGGCGAACCCCAGCCUGCUCCGCCCCAUGCCUCUGCCUCGACCGCAGCCGAGCCCGCCUCGACCAAACGCGAUCUGACAAGUUGGUGGAAGCAGUUCAAGCGCGGUAAUCCCCGCAAGGAAGAGGAGAAAGAACCCGUCCCUCAAGGGAUCUUUGGAGUCCCUCUCGAUAGGAGUAUAACGUAUGCCAAUGUUGCUAUUUCACUCUUCAAUGAAGGAGGGGAAAGUUAUAUAUACGGCUAUGUGCCCAUUGUUGUUGCGAAGUGUGGUGUCUUCUUAAAGGAAAAAGCAACCGACAUCGAGGGAAUUUUUCGUCUUGCUGGGUCAGAGAAACGGAUAAAAGAGCUCAAGACUCAAUUCGAUACGCCUGAUCGGUAUGGGAAAGGGCUGGACUGGACGGGGUAUACAGUCCACGAUGCCGCCAAUAUUCUCCGGAGAUACUUCAACCAACUACCGGAACCCAUAAUACCGCUGGACUUCUACGAGCGCUUCAGACAGCCUCUUCGAAACCACCAGGCUGAAGCAGUUGGACCCAUGGAUGGCCAGGCACCUUCAACCGGAGGCUUUGAUGUCAAUGCCGCCAUCAGAAUAUAUCAACUGCUGAUCAAGGAUCUACCUCCACUAAAUCGGCAACUAUUGCUCUACAUCCUCGAUCUUCUCGCGGUCUUCGCAGCCAAAGCCGACGUCAACAAGAUGACGACCUCCAAUCUUGCAGCUAUCUUCCAGCCAGGAAUCUUGUCCCAUCCAUCACACGACAUGUCUCCCAACGAGUAUCGUCUAAGUCAGGACGUCUUGAUAUUUCUGAUUGAGAAUCAAGACCACUUCUUGAUCGGCAUGGAAGGGACUGCGGUAGAUGAAGGGACUGUUAAACACAUUGAGAGCGGUGCUUCGACCCCACAGGCUCGCACUCCGACGACACCCGCUCGAGUAAAGUCUACCGGCCUCGGGAGAUCAGCAUCCACCGCAAGUGCCGUCAGUGCAAGUGCUGGCGCCGACAAUGUCAAAAGAUAUGGAUUCGUCAAGAGGAAUGUUUCUGUCUCUUCGAGGGGUUCACGGCACUCAGGUGUUGCCCCUAGUCCAGUGACGCCUUCGUUUGCAACACCAACGUCAGCAUCUGGUGUUCACAGGAGUAACACUGUUCCGUCACAACGGUCGCCUGCCAUCGGCCCAGCUCGGUUCUCCCGUGAAAAGAACUCAGACCCCCCCACACCGACUGAAGCCCCAGGCAUCGCUCCGGUACUCGAGCAAGCUAUUGUCGCAGCGCCAUCUCCCCAGAAGCAGCAAGACCCGGUACCUGCACCUGCACCUGCACCUGCUCCAGCUCCAGCUCCAGCUCCAGCUCCAGCUCCAGCUUCAGAACCCGUUCAACAAGCUCCCGUGCCUGCACCUGUGCCAGUCCAGCCAGCGACAACUCUGCCACCUAGCGAACCACGUCCAUCGGCAAUUGUUUCUCCUCCAUCAAGCGAAGACGUAACUCCGACGCCGCCUGCGGUUAGCGAGGCUAGGUCGAUGUUAAUGUUGGCUCCCGAGACACAAGCUCCCAGGCACAUCAGUCACUCGCCAGCUAGGGAAAGGUCGGAAUUUGUGGAAGGGCCGAUAGACAGUCCGAAGACGCCAACGUUCGAGUCGAUGCCCGGAACGGCGCGCACAUUUACUCAGAUUCUCAAGAAUCGCCCGUCUCCUCAGUCUGCCGAGGAAAAGAAGGUCGAGGAGAGGAAGACCGAGGAGAAGAAACGGCCCAACAAGCUUCAGAAAAAGGGCCGUGUUCCUAGCAGUGCGAACCCAAGCGCACAGAGCUCAACGCAUUCUCUGUCUGGCCACACCAUGACAAUGGACCAGCCACCGUCGCCCCUACCUCCUGGGAUGUCGUCAAGUUACCACUCUGCUUACUCUGGAGAUCCCUUCUAUACGUCUCACCAAGAAUCCAACCCAUCGAGGACGUCAGGAUCUACGUUGAAGCCGGCCCCCUCGCCUUCUCCGUCCUUCAAGUCACACUCAACGGCAGCGGAAUACUCCGAGGGCGAUGAUUCCGGAGCUCUGAACAGCGAGAAAAGGGAGAAGAAGCGAUGGCACAUGCAUAAGCGCGACGAGAGCAAGUCAACAGUCACGCCGACAGCCAGCCAGACUGCCUUCGGGUCGGUAAUUGGUGCUGAGAAGAGCAUGAGCUCGUUCAACAGCUCUAAUCAAGGGCGGCGCAGUCUGCAAAUGGACAACAACCAGUACGGUCAAUCACCACCUGAGCCGUCAACCCUACCAGGCAGUUCAACGGAGCCAGCGAGCUCUUCUAGAGACGGCGAGAAGAAGGGCCUCUUCAACCGCUUCCGCGAGAAGAUGCACGAGCGGAAGGAGGAGAAACAGCGGCUGAAGAGCCCGCCUGGUAGCACGGUUGACUUGCCUGCGUCAGGACAGACUCUGGGAAGGCCGAUGGAACCGAUGCCGGUAAGGGGGAAGAGCAUGGAUGUGCCAAGAGACAACAAGCAGGAAAGGCAGGUCGAGUCUCAGCCUCAGGCUGCUCCUCCGGCUGUUGAGCAGAAACCUGGCCCUGCACCAGCUCCCCCUACCCAAGCUCAACCUCCUCCGACAGCUGCACAGGCUCAACCCGCUCCUGGUGUACCCUCGGAGCAGACCCCGACAAAUGCUAAUGCCCAGAUUUAGUAUUCGUCUUGAAGCUCUAGUAGUAGAGAAGGUGCUGAUGACGGGUUCGGUCGAGUCGCUGCAGUGGUCUGAGCGUUGGAUGUAGGGGCUGUGUGUCGAUUCGAAGACGUAAUGAGGUAAUUGGAUCGACGAAAGGCGGGGGGGGUUUGAGUGUUGGUUGCGGUAACAAUUGGAGCGAACGCGACGAAUUAGGUCGGAAGAAAUGUUUGGGUUUCAGCAC